AUGAGGAGGAGAGAGGAGCAUGCAGAGUUUGUACUGGUCAGGAGAGACCUGCUGUUUAACCAGCUGAUAGAGAUGGCUUUCCUGGCCCGGGCUACUCCACAGCCUCAGCAGCAGCACAGGCGAAAGGUUCGUCCAGUUGUCCUGUUGGAGGACUCCUCCAGAACAGUGGAGGUCAUCCACAGUGAGAAUGCCCUGAAGGAGCUAUUGAGAGAGAUGAACCAGAGCUCACUGGCCAAAGAGUGCCCUCUGUCCCAGAGUAUGAUCUCCUCCAUUGUUAACAGCACCUACUAUGCAAAUGUAUCGGCCUCCAAGUGCCACGAGUUUGGCCGUUGGUAUAAGCACUUCAUGAAUACAAAAGGCAUCAUGGAGAUUGACAGCUUCUCUGACCAAUCCCAAACGAGCUCCACACACCCAUCAACCAAACAACCAUUCCAAGGCAGCACAGCCGAGCAGGUCUGCUCCUCGCCCCUCCCCUUUCCUCACGGGGGUGCCACCCACAUUUCUGGGCGUAGUUGUCUGGCCCCAAGUCUCUGCCCCCCGAGGCUGGUGACCGCCCCCCUCAGCCCCCAGCUAGUCAGCCCCCAACAGAUAGUCAUGGCCCAGUUCCUCAACCAGCAGUAUGCAGUCAGCCAUAUGCUAGCCCAGCAAAGCCUGUCUGUAUCUGUCUCCACCUCCCCCCAGCAAUUCCUCAACCACCCCCCUGUGGGGAGGCCUCCCCCCUCCCUGGCCCUAGCCAAGGGCCUCGACACCCUGCCCCAGGCUGGACCACCAGGACCCGGGUCUGGGUCCCAGAGCCAGGUGUGUGGACCAUCAGACAUCUCAUGUGAGAUCUACCAGUGGGUGAGAGAGGAGCUGAAGAGAGCAGGCAUCUCCCAGGCUGUGUUCGCCCGUGUGGCCUUCAACAGGACCCAGGGCCUGCUGUCUGAGAUCCUUCGUAAGGAGGAGGAUCCUAAGAGUGCGUCUCAGUCUCUCCUGGUCAACCUGCGGUCCAUGCAGAGUUUCCUCCAGAUACCGGAAGGUGACCGCGACCGUAUCUACCAGGAAGAGAGGGAGAGGAGUCUGACCACGUCGACCAUUAUCAACCAUUCACCCAACAACACUACCCCACCAUGCCACACACAGACCAGAAAGGAAGAGGGAAACUUUGUUAAGGCUGAAGAUUGGCACUCCCAGGUUUCCAUUGUAUUUCCUAAAGUGAGGCUGUCUCCAGUAGCAGUAGUAAACAGAGGGGUGAAGAGCGAGGGAUGUGUUCUAGACAGAGGGGUGAAGAGCGAGGGAUGUGUUCUAGACAGAGGGGUGAAGAGCGAGGGAUGUUNGGGAUGUGUUCUAGACAGAGGGGUGAAGAGCGAGGGAUGUGUUCUAGACAGAGGGGUGAAGAGCGAGGGAUGUGUUCUAGACAGAGGGGUGAAGAACGAGGGAUGUGUUCUAGACAUCAACAGUUCUAUCUAUGAGGAGAUCCAACAGGAGAUGAAGAGAGCCAAGGUUUCUCAGGCCAUGUUUGCCAAGAUGGCCGCAUCCAAGAGUCAGGGCUGGCUGUGUGAGCUGCUGCGCUGGAAGGAGGAUCCGUCCCCGGAGAACAGAACCCUGUGGGAGAACCUGUGUAUGAUCCGGCGCUUCCUGAGUCUGGGCCAGAUGGAACGAGACGCCAUCUAUGAACAGGAGAGCAACACUCUGCAACAACACUGUACAGACAGACUCACGCAGCUAGUCAACAACAACACACUGCUCCAACGCCACUCCCCAUUGCAACAACAACAUCAUCAACGAACACUGACCGCUCUGUCCCAGCUGCCCUUGCAGCCCCAGGCGGAGCCUCGCCUGCCGCCACGACAACCAUCCACAGCAUCACCGGCCGAGACUGAGGGGGGUAGGGGGCAACUGAGGACCUGGUGGGGGAGUAGUCAGGGUGAUGGGAGGGAAGAGGACAUUACUGGCAGGGGUUGUAGGGGUUGGGGCCAGGGCAGGGGUAGGGGUGUGUGUAACAAUGACAAGGAAGGGGGAGAGGGACGGUGGGCGGGGGGCAGACAGACUAACGGCGAGGGCGAUGGUGGGAGUGAUGGCGAGGGGUUUCGGGUGUCCCGGGAGGCGCAGGGGAUCCUGCAGAGCUUCAUCCAGGACGUUGGUCUGAACCCUGACGAGGAGGCUGUCCACACCCUGUCAGCCCAGCUGGGCCUGCCCAAACACACCAUCCUCAGCUUCUUCCACAGCCAGCACCACAGCUACUCUCACCAGAACCAUAGACAGCACUACAGUGAGAUCCACCACAACCACAACCACAGAGAGAAUCACAACCAACACCACACGGACCAGAACCAGCUCUUCUAUAAUGGAGCAGGCCCAACCCAGCCUAAGAGAACUACAGGGGAGGAGUGGACCGUAGAUCUCGCUGGACAAAUGGGGGGGGGAGGGGAGGAUAUGGAGCAGGAAGAGGAAAUAGAGGGGAAGGGGGAUGAGGAUGCCAUUUUGAAAGAGUUGGAUGUGAGCAGUCAGACCAACACCGUCGCCACCCUAGAGGAGGAGCAACAUGAUUCUAACCAAUCUGAGACUGCCCAACCACAUGACUCUGAUGAAUAACAUGACUCCAUCCACUAGUUGUCCCCUUUAACCCAAUGAGAAGGCAUCAAUUUGAUAGACUCAUCUAGCUCUGCAGAAAAUAACAUUAGCCUUUUCUGAGGAACUGUAGUAAUGAAUGAUGUGGUGUUAUAGGUUUUUCCCUUAUUUGUAAUGAAACAUUUAAAUUAAAGACUAACUGCGAAAAUAAAUGAAAUGAUGUAGUUAUACAUGUAUGCAGAGUUGUUUUAAAGGCCCAGUGCAGUCAAAAACUAGAUUUACCUGUGUUUUGAAUAU